GUGAAGAAAUUCCACACAUACUUAUACGGGAGGCAGUUCACCAUCGUAACGGAUCACAAACCGUUGAUUUCAUUAUUUAAUGAAAUGAGAGAAGUGCCACAAAUGGCAUCGCCACGUAUACAGAGAUGGGCUGUGACAUUGGGUGGAUAUGAGUACUCCAUUGUUUACAAAGCUGGAAAGGAACAUCAAAAUGCUGAUGGACUAAGCAGAUUGCCUUUAACAAAGGAUCAGAGACUCAAGUGGAGGAAGAAAGGGUGCUCCUACUGGAAGAAAAUGAUGUGCCUCUUGUUAAUGCAGGACAAGUGAGAAAUUGGACAGACAAAGAUGCAGUUUUAUCUUGAGUACGAGAGUAUGUACUCAGAGGAUGGCCAAAGAGAGUGGAUGAGUCAGUUUUUGGAGCAUAUACCAAAAAACGAGAGGAACUCAGUGUACAGGGAGGCUGUGUUCUGUGGGGAGCGCGCGUGGUCAUUCCUCCGCCAGGCCAGGCAGCUCUAUUGAAACAGUUACACAUCAAUCACCCUGGCAUCACACGAAUGAAAGGGUUGGCCAGAAGUUACAUGUGGUGGCCACAGAUGGACGCUGAAAUAGAAAGCAUGGUAAAAACUUGUGCCACAUGCCAAGAGAAUAGAAAUUCUCCCCCCUGUGCACCUUUACACCCAUGGGAGGUGCCGAAUCUGCCAUGGAGAAGAAUCCACAUUGAUUAUGCUGGUCCGUGGUUAGGAAGAAUGUUUUUGAUCUUGGUGGAUGCCUACUCUAAAUGGCUAGAUGUGUACCCGCUGAAUAAGUCUACCUCUACUGUAACCAUUCAGUGCCUGAGACAAAGUUUUAGCCAACACGGUAUACCUGAAAUUGUGGUGUCGGAUAAUGGCAGUAGUUUCACAAGUGCAGAGAUCCAAGAAUUUAUGACUCGAAAUGGCAUCAAACACAUCACCACAGCACCGUAUCAUGCAGCUUCUAAUGUACUGGCUGAACGAGCAGUGCAAACUUUCAAAAGUCUGAUGAAGAAGAGCACAGGAGAUUCCAUUGAGAUAAAGCUUGCCAGAGCAUUAUUCAGUUACAGGAUUACACCGCAGUCGACUACUGGGAAAUCUCCUCCGGAGCUGUUAUGUGGAAGGAAAUUAAGGUCUACCUUGGAUCUCAUCCAUCCUGAUUUUAAAAGUCAGGUACAGGACAAACAGCUGAAGCAAAAAUUUUACCAUGAUCGACAUGCUAAAAAGAGACAGGUGAAUAAAGGUAAUCAAGUGUACACAAAGAACUUUGGUUCAGGGCCUAUUUGGAUUCCUGGGACAGUUCAGAAACAAACAGGACCGGUAUCUUGUACUGUGGAACUUGGAAAUGGCCAAAUAGUGCGCCGACACAUAGAUCAAGUGAGGAACAAACAUGUUGUGCCCUCAGAGGAAACGCUGGAGUUGGAGGAAACAUCCGUGACAGAGGGAGUUGAGUUAACAUCAAUUUCGGGUGUCACGUCCUCUAAAGACAACAAUAUGGAGCAGACGGAGGAAGCUACCAAGGAGGUGUUAAAAUCUGAAACUCCUGUGGUUAAGGACAAUUUUGAGUUAAGAAGACCAACGAGACAGAAGAAAACUCCAAGUUACUUACAGGAUUAUGAAUAGUUAGAAGUGAGUUCCCCAGCCAUAGGGCAAGAAUGCGUCCUGGAACUCACUGGGACGGAGGUAUUCCACCUGAAGUCCCUAGUUAGUUUGGUAAAUGCACAAAUGUUAUGGUUUUGUGUUGUUAUCAUUUACAUAUAUUUAAAAUGUCUUACAUAUGUUAAAAAUGUGUACAUAUUUCAAUUGUUAUAACACUAUGUGAUAUAUUUGUAGAUAUCAUAAGUAAUUUCACAUAAAAAUGUUUAUUACUACAGUAAAUAAGUCAUGAAGAGUAAUGUAGAUAACUGUUUGAAACUAGUGUUAUCUAGGGGAAGGGGAUGUAAUAAAUGGGAUGCCAUGUACUAAGUUGUCCAGUAGAGGGCAGCAUUGGACUGUUAAUGUGACCUUUUUCCUCUUUCUAUAAUAGAGUGAGCGCAGGGUUGUUGAGUCAGUGUGUUGUAACUGAGCACCAUGUGAAGAUGCAGGUUGUCCGCUCGGCACACAUGUAUAAAGAUUAAUAUUCAUCUUCUCCCUGACUCCACAUCUUUAUGUACCAAAAGAUAUUACAGUGACUCCAGUUGUGCCCACUGUCGUUUAGCAAUCGAAAAAACUGUAAAAAUCACAAUGAAAAAUGUCUGAAAAUGUCUUAAAUCAGAAAUCAGGGAGCUCGUCAAAUAUCCACUCUGAGAUCAUUCACCAGUAUAGAACAGCGCGUUAUACGCUCCUUUAUAGUCCUUUAUCAUUAAAGA